GGGGUGAAUUGAGCUGAGCGGCUAGCUGGUUGGAGAGAGGUGAAUGAGGAGUCGCUGUGCAGUCGCAAAUUCUGGCAAAGAAAAAAGCUCACCCCUUCCUUUAUUUUACAAUAUGCAUUCCUGUACAAUCCUGCUAGUGGCAAUAUGUGGAGCCGUGCCUGUUCUUAAGUCAAUACAGAGUACUUGGUUUAUAGCAACUCUUGUUAAGUUUGUCUUGUAAUUGAAGCUGCUGUUGACCUUGCUUGGGGACCAUUUGUAAAACCGUUUAUUUAGCAUAAACUGAAAUAAUAAACCCUCCUUCUCUCGGGCUGAUUGUGAUAGGGUGACAUUAGUUUGAUUUAAUGAUUAGCCGCCUGACCCUUCUGCUGGAGAGAGCGGCUUGAAUAGGGAGAGUUCACUCGGAAGCACUCCGAAAGAAUACUAAUGAGCUUGUUAAAUUUAGCAUGGCUCCAACCACUUUUAAUUCCUCUAAUGGGAGCAGCACUGCCUGGGAGAGGGAGAGGGAGGCAGAGAGACACCGAGAAGGUUCCUAGAGGGUCUGCACAGCUAGAGGCGGCUCACCAGGAGAAGUUGGCAGAAAGUAGCUAGCAGAGCCUGGGGACUGUGUUAGGAUGAAAGUCCUGGACAGACUUAUCACAGGGAGAGAAGAAACGCAAUCGCUAUGCAGCCACAGAGUGUCCAGGGUCUCAGCAAAAUCAGUGAGGAACCGUCAACAUCGAGUGACGAGAGGGCCUCGAUGAUCAAGAAGGAGAUCCAUGGAUCCCUACCGCACCUGGCCGAGCCCUCCGUGCCCUACCGCGGGACCGUGUUUGCCAUGGACCCCAGGAAUGGCUACAUGGAGCCUCACUACCAUCCUCCACAUCUCUUCCCUGCCUUCCACCCUCCUGUACCCCUUGAUGCAAGACAUCACGAGGGCCGUUACCAUUAUGAUCCGUCUCCUAUUCCUCCACUGCACGUGUCUUCUGCCUUAUCUAGUAGCCCGACAUAUUCGGACCUGCCCUUCAUUAGGAUCUCCCCGCACCGGAACCCCGCUGCAGCUUCCGAGUCUCCCUUCAGCCCCCCGAACCCCUACAUUAACCCUUACAUGGACUAUAUCCGGUCUCUGCACAGCAGCCCAUCCCUGUCCAUGAUCUCGGCCGCCCGGGGGCUGAGCCCCACAGACGCCUCGCACCCUGGGGUCAGCCCAGCGGAAUACUAUCAUCACAUGGCUCUGUUAGCCGGCCAGCGCAGCCCCUAUGCAGACAUCAUUCCCUCGGCUGCCACCGCCGGUGCCGGAGCCAUCCACAUGGAAUAUCUUCAUGCCAUGGACAGCACCAGAUUCCCCAGCCCCAGGCUGUCAGCCAGGCCGAGCCGAAAACGUACACUGUCCAUAUCACCGCUGUCGGAUCAUAGCUUUGACCUUCAGACCAUGAUAAGGACGUCUCCCAACUCCUUGGUCACGAUUCUCAAUAAUUCCCGUAGCAGCUCUUCAGCAAGUGGCUCCUAUGGUCACUUAUCUGCAAGUGCAAUCAGCCCUGCCUUGAGCUUCACCUACCCUUCCGCGCCCGUCUCCCUCCACAUGCAUCAGCAGAUCCUGAGCCGACAGCAAAGCCUGGGCUCAGCCUUUGGACACAGCCCCCCACUCAUCCAUCCUGCCCCAACUUUUCCAACACAGAGGCCUAUUCCAGGGAUCCCUACGGUUCUGAACCCCGUCCAGGUCAGCUCCGGCCCUUCCGAGUCCUCACAGCAGAACAAGCCCACGAGUGAGUCUGCGGUGAGCAGCACCGGUGACCCCAUGCACAACAAGCGGUCUAAGAUCAAACCUGAUGAAGACCUUCCCAGCCCAGGGGCUCGGGGACAGCAGGAACAGCCCGAAGGGACAACCCUAGUCAAGGAGGAAGGGGACAAAGAUGAAAGCAAACAGGAGCCGGAAGUCAUCUAUGAGACCAACUGCCACUGGGAAGGCUGCACCAGGGAGUUCGACACCCAGGAGCAGCUUGUGCAUCAUAUAAAUAACGACCACAUUCAUGGAGAGAAGAAGGAGUUCGUGUGCCGGUGGCUGGAUUGCUCAAGAGAGCAGAAGCCCUUCAAAGCCCAGUACAUGCUGGUGGUGCAUAUGAGGAGGCACACGGGCGAGAAGCCUCACAAAUGCACUUUUGAAGGUUGCACAAAGGCCUACUCGAGACUAGAAAACUUGAAAACACACUUGAGAUCUCACACUGGAGAGAAGCCGUACGUCUGCGAGCACGAAGGCUGCAACAAGGCCUUCUCCAACGCCUCCGACCGUGCCAAGCACCAGAACCGGACGCAUUCCAACGAGAAACCGUACGUGUGCAAAAUCCCAGGCUGCACCAAGCGCUACACGGACCCGAGCUCCCUCCGGAAACACGUGAAGACAGUGCACGGCCCGGAGGCCCACGUCACCAAGAAGCAGCGAGGGGACAUACAUCCUCGGCCCCCACCCCCGCGAGAUCCGGGCAGCCACUCACAGUCCAGGUCACCUGGCCGGCCGACUCAGGGAGCCCUCGGGGAGCAGAAGGACCUCAGCAACACUACCUCAAAGCGGGAAGAGUGCCUCCAGGUGAAAACGGUCAAGGCGGAGAAGCCCAUGACAUCUCAGCCAAGCCCUGGUGGUCAGUCUUCAUGCAGCAGCCAACAGUCCCCCAUCAGCAGCUAUUCCAACAGUGGGCUCGAGCUCCCUCUGACCGAUGGAGGCAGUGCAGGAGACCUCGGUGGCAUCGACGAAACCCCGAUCAUGGACUCGACCAUUUCCACUGCAGCCGCAGCCCUCGCUUUGCAAGCCAGGAGAAACCCGGCAGGGACCAAAUGGAUGGAGCACGUGAAACUAGAAAGGCUAAAACAAGUGAAUGGAGUGCUUCCACGGCUGAACCCCGUUCUACCCCCCAAACCCCCUGCAGUCUCUCCUCUCAUAGGAAAUGGCACACAGUCCAACAACAACUGCAGUUUGGGUGGGCCCAUGACUCUUCUCCCGAGCAGAAGCGACCUCUCCGGGGUGGACGUCACCAUGCUGAACAUGCUGGGCAGGAGGGACAGCAGCGCCAGCACCAUCAGCUCGGCCUACCUGAGCAGCCGCCGCUCCUCGGGCAUCUCGCCCUGCUUCUCCAGCCGCCGCUCCAGCGAGGCGUCGCAGGCCGAGGGCCGGCCGCACAACGUGAGCGUGGCCGACUCCUACGACCCCAUCUCCACCGACGCCUCGCGCAGGUCCAGCGAGGCCAGCCAGGGCGACGGCCUGCCCAGCCUGCUCAGCCUCACGCCGGCCCAGCAGUACCGCCUCAAGGCCAAGUACGCCGCGGCCACCGGCGGGCCGCCGCCCACGCCCCUGCCCAACAUGGAGAGGAUGAGCCUGAAGACGCGCAUGGCCCUGCUCGGGGACGGCAGGGAGCCCGGGGGGACCCUGCCGCCCCUCAACCCCCCGCGGAGGCGCAGCGACGGGGGCGCCCACGGCUACGGCCGGCGCCACCUGCUGCUGCACGACGCGCUGGGGAACGGCGUGAGGCGCGCCAGCGACCCGGUGCGGACGGUGCCCGAGAGCUUCUCCCUGCCCCGGGCGCAGCGCUUCAGCAGCCUCGGCAGCUCCAGUCCUCCCGCGCCGCCUCCCUCCGGGGAAAAGCGCAGCCUAGUGCUUCAGAAUUACACGCGGCCCGAGGGCGGCCAGUCCCGAAACUUCUACGCGUCCCCAUGCCCUCCCAGCAUCACCGAGAACGUCACCCUGGAGUCCCUGACCAUGGACGCCGAUGCCAACUUGAACGACGAGGACUUCUUGCCAGACGACGUGGUGCAGUAUUUAAAUUCUCAGAACCAGGCAGGGUAUGAGCAGCACUUCCCGAGCGCGCUGUCUGAGGACAGCAAAGUGCCCCACGCGCCCGGGGACUUCGACCAGCCCGGGCUGCCGGACGGCCACGUGGGCCAGCAGUACCACGCCCUGGAGCAGGCCUGCGCCGACGGCAGCAAAACCGACCUGCCCAUUCAGUGGAACGAAGUCAGCUCCGGAAGCGCCGACCUGUCCUCUUCCAAGCUGAAGUGUGGCCCGCGGUCCGCGGUGCAGCAGGCGCGAGCCUUCGGGUUGUACAACAGCAUGGUUGUCCACCCACAGAGCGCGCUGAGGGGCGCGGCGGGGCCCGCCGGGGCGUAUCAGGCCCUGGGGGAGAGCAGCGGCGCCUACGGCGGCCCGGAGCACUUGGUGGUCCACGGAGGCAGCGGGGCUGGCACCGCGGGGAACACCUUCCACGAACAGCCGUAUAAGGCCCCACAGUAUGGGAACUGCCUCAACAGGCAGCCGGUGGCCCUGGGUGCGCUAGACGGUGCCUGCGGUGCUGGGAUUCAAGGGUCAAAGCUAAAAGGCGCCACCAUGCAAGGGAAUGGGGGCCAUUUUGGUCUGCCAGGGGCCCCAAAUGAGUCAGCUGGCGGCACCGUGAAUGGCAUGCAGCCCCCAGACCUGGUGGGCCAGGGCUACCUGGCCCAGCAGCUACUCAGCGACAGCAUGCAGCACCAGGGGCCAGGCCGCCCCGGUCAGCCGAUGCCAGGGCAGGUUAGUGCUACCUCACACAUCAACAGCUAUCAAGGGCCAGAGAGCUGCCUGCCAGGGACUCACAGCAUGGGUGGCCAGCCGUCGAGUUUUGCGGUCGUCAGGGGCUACCAGCCGUGCGCCAGCUUUGGAGGCAGCCGGCGCCAGGCUGUGCCAAGGGGCAGCCUCGCUGUGCAGCAAGGACAGCUCAGUGACACGAGUCAGACCUGCAGGGUGAACGGCAUCAAGCUGGAGAUGCAAGGACAGCCUCACCCACUCUGUUCUAACAUGCAGAAUUACUCUGGUCAGUUCUAUGACCAAACCGUGGGCUACAGUCAGCACGACAUGAAAGCCGGUGCGUUCUCCAUGUCAGAAGCCAACUGCCUGCUACAGGGGGCCAGCGCCGAAAACUCUGAGUUACUUUCUCCAGGUGCUAACCAGGUCACAAGCACGGUUGACAGCCUCGACAGCCACGACCUGGAAGGGGUGCAGAUUGAUUUCGACGCCAUCAUUGACGACGGGGACCACUCCAGCCUGAUGUCAGGGGCCCUGAGCCCAAGUAUCAUUCAGAACCUUUCCCAUAGCUCCUCCCGCCUCACCACGCCGCGGGCGUCCCUCCCGUUCCCAGCUCUGUCUGUGAGCACCACCAACAUGGCUGUCGGGGACAUGAGUUCUCUGCUCACCUCCCUCGCGGAAGAAAGCAAAUUCCUUGCAGUUAUGCAGUAGGCGUUAGGAAAAAAAGGACUGCAAACAAACGUAAAACUAAUAGGAGUUGAAAAGAUGGAACUGACUUCGUUUUUGGCUGGUCUGUUUUUUUAGUUCUGUAUGUAUGUUAGCAAUCUCAUCUCACCUAACUGGGAUGUGUUUCAAGUAUAUUCCUUUUAUGGAAAAGGACUCUGAAAAACCCUAAAGUAUUCUAGGGAGAAACUGUCUUCCAUUUCAGUUUUGAAUCAGUAUUGUUACACUCGAACCACCCUCUUUUUUAAAAAACUGUAAGCCCGCCCCGUUUUUUAGUAAACCAAUGUAAAUGUG